AUGACCGAUGCAGGGAGGUCCGACCGGGUAGUGCUCAAUAUCUGGGAUGCCCUCAAGAUGCCCUCUCAAGGAGCCGAAGAGGCAGACCGCGAUCGGCCACAUACCCCGCCGUCAGCCCCUCGGCCACAUGCCAUCUGGCCCGAGUUGUUGGAAGGCGUCCCCCUAAAAUCCUUAGGGGGAGAUCCCAUCCUCAUCCACCGAGACCAUGCCGGGGCUCUAGCCGACCGUGACUCACUGCGCACGGGCUUUGACCUUGCUGGCUCCAGGAAUUUCGGACAUCGAACAUCCAGGAUUGACAUCCUUGACAAGGUAUCGGGAGGGGUAAUCGACACCGAAGGUUUCCAACAUGCGCACCAUCAGGUGGUCUUGAACUUCAUUACCCCGAUAGAGACUAGAUCAGUCGAGAAGUUUAGAUGA